UUAUAAAUAUAUAAAUUUGCUUUGAUUAAAUAUCCUUAUUUAUCAAGAAUGACAACAAAUGGUACUAUAACUUUUUUAUUUGACUUACUUUAUUAAUAGUUUAUAGAAAAAAACUAAAAAUAUAAUAAAAAUAAACUUCUGAUUUAAUUUACAGUAGGUUUUUGUAGCGCUCCAUGGGGAUUUUUAUGGUUUUAGAAAUUAUAGACUACUUUAUUAGCCUAAAUAUAAACAAAUAAAUAAAUAUUUUUAAAGAUUGUAACUGAUUAUUUGAUUUGUUUUCCUAUUAUGUAACUCAUUUAUUAUUUUUCCUUUAAUAUUCUAUAUUUUAAAUCUUUUUAGACUUUCACUGAUAUUUAAAUGACUAAAGCUAAUUUUUCGCUUUAAAAUUACCAUAAAUCAUGGCCUUUAUUUUCCCUUUUAAAUCAUAUUUUUAUUCCUUUCUAUUUAAGGCCUGUUUUUGCAAAUAUUUAUGUUACUUCUUGGAAUGGAUAUGUAAAUUAUAUUUUUAUUGAUAAAAGUUGAAGUCUAU